ACUCUAAUCCUCACAAGAACCAGAUAGAGGAGAGAAACAAAUAGAGAGAACAUCUAUGAGCAUCAAGUGUAUAUCAAUAGUGUAUCAAGUAUAUAACCAUAUAUUAAUAGUGUAUCAAAUGUGUCAAUGAUAUCAAAUGUAUAAGUGACAUGGACUGGAUAUGUUUAUUUGUCCUUUUUGAAAAAGUACUAAGUCUUGACUAUAGACUUAAUUUUUUUAAUUUAUUUUGUCAAAUUUGCAAGAAGUUUUAUUUUUUUAUUUAUCAACUUUUUUUUAAUUGUUUGUUUGGAGAAAUUACACAAACCAUCCCUAAACUAUGGAGUUUAUUACAAUUACACUUCUAAAGUUUUAAUUUUAUCAAUUGUCUCCUAAACUUUGUUAUUUGUUACAAUUACACCCCUAAACUUUUAAUUCGAUCAAGUAGUCCCUUAUAGUUUAUAAAUUAUUGCAAUCAACCUCCAAUGUUAGUAUUGGUAUUUGUAAAAUCAAAUUCCAUCAAAUAUUAUUUCAGUGUAUAUAUAUAUAUAUAUAUAUAUUAUGUUGCCUCAAUAUUUUCAUCGACAUCAACGUUAUAAUCCUUGUAAUGAAAGGAAUCCAUUCCAUUACCUUGUCAGAUGUCUCAUCGACAAGCAUUGACCUCUAAUCCAUAACCAAAAGCAAACAAGAAGACAACAAAACAAGACAAAACAAAACCUUGUUUCCAAUUCAUACAAGAAACUGAAAUCUCUCUCAGUCCCUCUCUGUUCUUUUCUGUGUGCAUGUGGAAUGUGAAUUAAGGUGGUUUGAAGGUUAACAGAUGGAUCCAAUGAAACUAUCAUGGAUUAGUCAAGUAGUAAAUAUGGGUAUGACCUUGAUAAAUGACUAAGAAGUCAUGGGUUCAAUUCUUGGUGGUCACCUAACCUAGGAUUUAAUAUCCUGUGGAUUUUCUUGAGACCCAAAUAUUGUAAGGUCAGACGGGUUAUCUCGUAAGAUUAGUCGAUGCGUGUAAAUUGGUUCCAACAUUCACGCAUAGUGCAAAAAAAAAAAAAAACAGAGGAAAUGGUGAUAUACAGGUAAAGAAGUAUAAUGACGGGAAAGAAAGAACUUUUGAACUAAUUUAUCGGAAAAGGGAUUUGAUUAUUGUUCAACAGACACAGCCAAAGCCAAUGGACAUAGAAAACGUGAUGUCUAAAUAUCAUUAUUACAAUUUUGAUUAUGGAGCAGAUCACAAGCCUUUUUCUUUCAUCCUUGUGCUCUAGCCACUCUCCUCCAGUUUCCUCCCUUUCUUUUAAAAAAUCACUACCAUAGUUUUUAUUUAAACAUAUUUUUAUUUUAUUACAUUUAAAAGAGGAAAAAAAUCCCCAAAAACAUAAAAUAGGGUCUAAGUAAUUAACUUAUUUGUUUAAGAUGCUUAAAUAAUUUCUAAAAAUAUAUAUUUUGAAAAUUUGUAACAUCUUGCAGCCACCAGCCAGAAAAACCAGAAUGUCCCCCACAAGCACACCCACUCACCACCCACAAAGGAAAGAGAGAGAAAUAAGAUGUUUUUUUUUUUAAUCCAAGUCCACAAAGUUCAAUCUCUUUCUCUUCCAUUCCUUCAUAAAAACAAUCCCAGCACACAGCUCUCUUUUAGGAUAUAGCUUUAAAUAUUGAGUGAAAAUCUAAUCAUCAUAGUGAUUGCAGCCCUCCACAAAGCAAAAGAUGAGCGAAUAAUACCAUUAUUAGUCUCACAUUUCAUCAUUCCUACCACCGACUUUUUCCCUAUAAAAUAUCAAAUCCCACCAGUAAUUACAUUAAUCCUUCUCUUUCUCUUUCAGCUACUUCUGCACUAGCUCACUUUUCAACCAAUUCUAGCUCAAACCUAUCCCACUAAAUUUUCUUAUAUGUUUUUUCCCCCUCCCCUUUAUGAAACAGGAAGAAGAAAUGUAAGGCAGUAAAUGAUGAUAUGAUAAGAGAAGAAGGUAACCUUACAGGUCAUUUCCACUGUAGUAUUGUUCUUCGGCUUGAUAUGGUUUUCUUCAAAGCUGUGUUCCUUCUCCUGUUUCAGUAUCUGGUUUUGAAUUCUGGGACUCCAGUUAUUAUAGGUCACCACUACCCUCCUCAUAAGUCCUUGCUCACUGAUAAAGCAGCCCUCCUUGCCUUCAGGAAGUGCAUCAUACACGACCCCACUUCCACUCUAGCUAACUGGAUUGAGGCUGUUGAUGUAUGCAACUUCACAGGUGUUGCUUGUGACCGAUACCAUCAUCGGGUAUCAAAGCUCAGUUUGAUUGAUGUUGGACUUGUGGGAAAGCUUUCACCCUUCCUCUCCAAUCUCACGGGUCUCCGAGUCCUGGAUAUUAUUAACAAUUAUCUUUUUGGGGAAAUUCCGUCUGAACUUUUCUCUCUUCGAAAUCUUCACCGCCUUCGUCUCGACAGCAACAAUUUGGAAGGUCCCAUACCAACUUCCCUUGCUAGUUUGUCCAAGCUUACUGUAAUGAGUCUUAUGCAGAACAAGCUAAAUGGCACAGUUCCACCUUCUCUCUUUUCUAAUUGCACGUCGUUGCUUAAUGUAGACCUUUCCAACAACUUCCUAACAGGAAGAAUUCCAGAAGAAAUUGGAAAUUGUCCAAAGCUGUGGAAUCUCAAUCUGUACAACAACCAGUUCAGUGGAGAACUUCCUCUUUCUUUAACAAACACUUCGCUCUAUAACUUGGAUGUCGAAUAUAAUCAUCUUUCUGGCGAACUACCCACAGUGCUUGUAGAAAACCUGCCUUCACUUAGCUUCCUUCAUUUAUCAAAUAAUGAUAUGGUAAGCCACGAUGAAAAUACCAAUCUUGAACCGUUCAUUACUUCUCUUAGAAACUGCAGUAGUUUAGAGGAGCUUGAGUUGGCUGGGAUGGGGCUUGGAGGAAGGCUGCCCAAUUCUAUUGGUCAUCUAGGUGUCAAUUUUUCAGUUCUGUCUUUGCAGGAAAACCAGAUAUUUGGAUCAAUUCCUCCAAGUUUAGCCAAGCUUUCCAAACUUGCAGGGCUGAAUUUGACAUCAAAUCUACUUAACGGAACAAUUCCUGCGGAGAUAAGCAGGUUGUCAAAAUUGGAGCAGCUUUUCUUAUCACACAACCUCUUCACUUCAGACAUUCCAGAAGCAUUAGGCGAGUUGCCACAUCUUGGAUUGUUGGAUCUAUCUCACAACCAACUUUCAGGAGAAAUCCCAGAAAGUAUUGGAAAUUUAACUCAGAUGAUCUAUUUGUUUCUCAACCAUAACCUCUUGUCUGGAACAAUACCUUCAGCGUUGGUAAAGUGCACAGGUCUACAAAAGCUGGACUUAUCAUUCAACAUGUUAUCAGGAAGCAUUCCUCGAGAGAUAUUAGGCUUGCAAGAGAUAAGAAUUUUUAUCAACCUUUCUCACAACAAUUUUCAAGGAAACUUGCCCAUCGAGCUCAGCAAGUUGAAAAAUGUUCAAGAGAUGGACCUUUCAUCCAAUAAUCUCACUGGAAGCAUCUUCCCUCAAAUAUCAAGUUGCAUUGCACUGAGGUUGAUAAAUUUUUCAAAUAAUUCCCUCCAAGGUCAUCUUCCAGAUUCCCUAGGUGAUCUAGCGAACCUUGAAUCAUUUGACAUUUCAAAAAACCAAUUGUCAGGCAUGAUUCCAGCCAGUCUAGGUAAGCUCCAAUCUCUCACUUACCUGAACCUUUCAUUCAAUAACUUCCAAGGAAUGAUUCCAAGGGAGGGAUUUUUCAAAUCAUCCACACCCCUGUCAUUUUUGAACAAUCCACUCCUUUGUGGGACAAUUCCUGGAAUACCAGCCUGUUCUGGCAAGAGAAAUCGGUUUCAGUCACCUGUAUUCUUGACAAUAUUCAUUUUAGUCAUAUGCAUAUCAUCUUUCUUAUCAACAAUAUGCUGUGGGAUUGCUUGUCAACGUCUAAAAGCAAUUAUUUCAGCACGAAAUAGUGAAACAUCGAGAAGAUCAAAGAUGCCAGAUUUUAUACACAAUUUUCCAAGAAUAACAAGCAGACAACUAUCAGAAGCCACUGGAGGUUUUGAUCAACAGAGACUAAUUGGUUCAGGCAGCUAUGGACAUGUCUAUAGAGGCGUUCUUCCAGAUGGAACAACAGUAGCUGUUAAGGUUUUGCAUACACAAUCUGGAAAUUCCACAAAGAGUUUUAACAGAGAAUGUGAAGUUUUGAAGCGAAUUCGCCACAGAAACCUCAUAAGAAUUAUAACAGCCUGUAGUCUUCCGGAUUUUAAAGCUCUAGUUCUACCAUAUAUGGCAAAUGGAAGCUUGGAUAACCAUCUAUAUCCACAUUCACCUACCAGCUCGGCUUCGGGUUCUUCAGAUUUAAACCUUAUUGAGAGGGUGAAUAUAUGCAGUGAUAUAGCUGAAGGAAUGGCAUACCUGCAUCAUCAUUCUCCAGUCAGAGUCAUACACUGUGAUUUGAAGCCAAGCAAUGUACUCCUAAAAGAUGACAUGACAGCCCUUGUUUCUGACUUCGGGAUCUCAAGGUUAAUGACCCCUGGAAUUGGAAGUGGUGCGACUGUUGAAAACAUGGGAAAGUCAACUGCAAACAUGUUAACUGGAUCAAUUGGAUACAUUGCACCAGAAUACGCAUUUGGUUCUACAGCCUCCAUGAAAGGAGACGUUUACAGCUUCGGCGUGCUAGUUCUUGAGAUGGUAACAAGAAAAAGGCCAAUAGAUGACAUGUUUGUUGAAGGGCUAAGUUUACACAAGUGGGUGAAGAGUCAUUACUACGGCAGAGUAGAAAAAGUAGUUGAUUAUUCUCUACAGAGAGCUUCAAGAGAUGAAUCACCUGAAAUGAAGAAAAUGUGGGAAGUGGCAAUCCGAGAGCUAAUCGAAUUGGGUUUGCUCUGCACUCAAGAAUCUCCAUCCACAAGACCCACAAUGCUAGAUGCUGCUGAUGACUUGGAUCGAUUGAAGAGAUACCUUAAUGGUGGCGACACCACAACAACAUUUGCUUCAUCACUUGGAAUUUCAUCCUCCACUCUUGGCGAUGACUCCAAUUACUCCCCACAAAUCGCCGUUGACAGAAACAUCUAAAAAUGCCCAUUUCCUCCGUAUAGCCUUUUGACUUCUCAAAAUCCCCAUUUGCUCCACUCGGUAAUUGGGGUUUGACAAUGAUCGAAAUCGCGAUUGUGGGGUUCAAAGCUUCUGCGGCGCCCAAUUGAAUGGAGAUUUUGUGUAUGUGGCGUGCGUCGUUGGCCACUCGAUCCAUAGUUGUUGACGUGAUUGAGGUUUUGGAAGAAAUUGGAGGAACUUCAUUCAUAACGCCAUGUUUGAAAAACAAAGACGUAUAAUUGAAACUAUGGAACAUUUUGAUAUUUAAUCCGAAUUCGUUGAAUUUUGUCUUCGGGGCUUUGUUUAUUGGUUGUCUUCUUGCGUAAACCAAUCAGAGGAAGAAAUAAUAAUGGGAAUUGUGAAAAUGGCAUUAUAUGAGUUUUUAUG